UUGUCAGCUAGUGUCUCUGUCUUAGUAUCUCUCUCCCUCAGCAACGCAAAUUAGAUCCCCUGGAAAUCGACACUCCAACAUGUCCGUGUUAUUUUGUGCCGUUUCCCAAGGCUCAUGCAUCUUGGCUCGUCAUGCCGUGUGUCUCGGCAACUUCUCCGAGGUCACCGACAAGGCCAUGGUCAAGAUUCAGGCUCAGUCUGCCCAGAAACAGACUUUCCAAGAUGGCUCUUAUUGCUACCAUUACAUCAAAACGCUUCGUUUCAUCUACUUCUGCAUUUCGGAACCGAAUUGUAACCGCAUACAGGCUUUCCAGUUCCUCAAUGUGAUCCAGGAGAAGUUCGAACGUAGCUAUGGAUCCACGCCCACCACCUCGCAUCCCAUUCCCUUUGCCAUGAACGGGGAGUUCUCGCCCAUUUUGUCCCGGGAAAUGAAGGCUCUCAAUGACCAAAUGUCCAGCCGAAACGAAGAUGAUUCUCAAGAUAAAUUGAGUCGAGCUCAAUCUGAGAUUCAGAGCGUCAAGGACAUCCUCGUGUCUAAUAUCGACUUGGUGGCUGAGCGUGGAGAACGGAUGGAGGUCUUGAUCGACAAAACCGAGAAUCUCCGUUCAGAAUCGAUCAGUUUCCGCCAGAGAUCUCGCACCCUUCAACGGAAGAUGUGGUGGGAAAGCUUGAAGAUGAAAAUUGUCUUAGGCGUGGUGUUUGUCCUCAUUUUGUACCUGAUCAUAGCUGCCUCUUGCGAUGGACCCCUCUUGCCCAAAUGCGUCUAGAACUGUCAUAUACCCAACCAUCUUUCUUUGUGUGAAAUAAACUCCUGCAAGUA